UUCCUCGAUUCCCCAGUCUCUGCCUAACCUACGUACUGCUGUUCCCCAAGAAGUGAACUCUGGAAGUGGGAAUGGGCCCAGUGCUCCUGACAGCCAGAACCCCCGAGGAAACUGAGGCCCUGAUCACAGGGAGCAGAACCAGGACUUGAAUCCCCAGGAGCACUUUGCUCACAACCACUUGGAGUUUGGACCAUUCUACAGCAAGGGGGAAGGGCAUUCCCUUACCAGGCCUACCAGUAAUAGGUGUGGUAGCCAGAAUAUCAGGAGGGCUUUGAAUGCCUGGUCAAAUAAGUAAAUGAGGUCUCAGUAGCCUAGAGAGUGGCACCAGGUUUUGUUGGGUGAGAGAUACCAGGUAAAGUCUCAUGCUUGGGUGCAGAAAGUCCACUUCCUGAUGCAGGGUGUCCCAAAAGCAUGCUGCCAUAGCUGACUACCACCCUACUACUUUUGGGACACCCUGUCUGAAAAAGACCUGGGAGUUUCUGUGACCCACCAGCUCUGGGGGGACUCAGAUAGAUUGUGGGUGCUAGUGCCCUGGGGUCAGGUCAGUCACAUUGGGAAUAUCGGCCAACAGGGGUUGGUCCCCUGGUAGAUGGAGGUAAAUGUGACCUUGUGGGCUCCCCUUCAGCAAGGAGUGUGUCGUGUACAGGGUCCAGCCACAUAGGACUUCUUGAUCCAGGCAGAGAAAAGAGAACUUUUUAAAGGAGGGAAGCUGGGCCCUGGCCACUCUGAAGAAGAAAUGCUUCCCCGAGGGAUUCUCUGGGGCUGUUCACACCGAGCCCUUCCAUGAGAUCCAGGGUGACAUGAGCUUGGCCCAAGGGAAGGCAAGGCUGCAGCCUGGGCCCAAGUCUUUGGACUGUCGUCUCCAUACUGAGCAGUCCCAUGGGUCUGGGGUCCCAAUGGUAAGUGCAGAUCCACGCCUGCUUCUGCUGGGCCACAGGGGCCCAUCCCUCAAGCUAUGGAGGACAUGGGCAUCCGUCACAUUUUGUCUCAGUGUGUGGCCUUCUCAUUGUCUGUUUCUAACGUACAUUGCUUUAUGGAGCCGGCUUCCUUGUGAAAAUCCACUUUUGCACUGGAGUGCUUACACCCAUCACAUGCUUCUGCUCCCUCUGGGGAGGCUCCAGCGUUCAAAGCCUUACUGUUCACAAUCCCCUGAAGAACAUCAACAUUGCAAAGAUGGGCCUGCAUGCAAUCUUAAAAGAAACUCAGGGCCAGGGGAACCAAUGUUCUGUUCCCCUUCUGUUUGGUUUUGGGCUAUACUAAUGGUCCUUUUACACUGAUGGUUCAAGACAGAAAUACGCGUGGAGGAGAUCCACAGACAGCUGCCCACUCUUAUGCAUUUUUUCAGGUCUGGCUGUUGCCUUGGGCUGAAGUCUGGAGGGUGGCCAUGGGUCUCAUGUAAGAGGCGCUGCCAUGGUCUGGAGCAUGACUCUGUCAGCCUCCCCACCCACCACAGAUUCCUCUUUGGAGUGUGACAGUUGAAGUUAAUGUGGCAUAUCUAAAGACAGGAUGUAAGCUAAGUCCCAGUCCUGGCUUGGUGGAACUCCUGGGGAGAGAGGGUGUGAAUGGGUGACCUUGAGCUGUGCGGUGAGAGGAAGCGUGGAGCGAAGGGAAGAGAUCCAAUGGUGUGACCACAAGCUUGACGGCUAGCCAUUGCUAACCUUAGUUUUCCUCUCUGUACAAUGGGGAUACCACAUCCUGACAAUAGCUGUCUCACAACGUUGGUGGGAGAGAGCUUUACCCAAGACAGAUAUGAGUCAUAGGACCUUCACAGCAACUCUGAAGAGGCCUUAGAAACUAUGACGUCUGACACCUCGUGCUGCAGAUGAGAAGAAAGGGGAUCUGCCCAAGGUCACAGGCAAUAAAUAGCAAAUAGGCAGGAUUUGAACCCAGAUCCUCUGGCUUCAGAUCCAGCCCCCUUGCUGCUAUGACAUGCUGCUUCCUCCACAGUAGCUGCUGACGUGAUUCAGUCUCUAAGAUUCUGGGGCCAGUGACCUUCCAGGAUGUGGCUGUGGUCUUCACUCGGGAGGAGUGGCAUUACCUGGACCCUUCUCAGAAGGAGCUAUACCGAGAUGUGAUGCUGGAAAACUAUAGCAACCUUCUUUACCUGGGACUUGUCAUUUCCAAGCCAGAUGUGAUUCACCAGUUUGAACAAGAAGCCCCUUGGAGGCCAGACAGGAGAGUCCCAGGAAGCGUCUGUCCAGCUGAGGAGACUGGGCCUGAGUGCAAGGAGUCAACUCCAAAGUGGAACAUUUCUGUGGAGCAUUCAUCACCAAACAGGCUCACAAGUUCUGGUCUUUGUGUUUUCAGCUUGAAAGAACCCUGGGAAUUUGAUAUCAGGUUAGGGGAACAGAAGAGCAUUGAGGAGAAAAAUUCCCAGGAACAAAAGAAAAGUUUCAAACAAAUGAUAAUCAGUGAAUGUAAUAAAUACAACCAAAUCUUCAGUCUAGAACCAAAACUUUUUCCACAAGAAGUAUCUAUAGAAAAGAAUCUUUACAGAUACAACGUCCACAGAAGGAGCUUCAUUCUGUCUUCAGACUCAAGGAAAUGUAAUAGAAUUUGCUCAAAGGAGACAUUUUCUCAGUAUAAUGAAUAUGGGAAAUCUUUUGACUCUAAAUUAGAUUUUAUUGAAUAUCAUAGACUCUGUCCUGGAGAGAAACCUAGUGAGUAUAAUGAACAUGAAAAAGCCAUCGAUCUCAGUCCAUUUACUCAUUCCUAUCAGUCAAUUGAUGUUGAAGAGAAAACCCCUAAAUGUAAUGAGUUUGGAGAGGCUUCCCCCCAAACUAUAAAACUUCUCGAACAGAGAAUUCACACUGAAGAAAAACCUUAUGAAUGUAAUGACUGUGGGAAGGCCUUCCGCCUGAAAGAACCCCUUCUUCAACAUCAAAGAAUUCAUACUGGAGAGAAGCCUCAUAAAUGUAAUGACUGUGGGAAGGCCUUCAGCCAGAGAGGACAUCUUACUCUACAUCAGAGAAUUCAUACAGGAGAAAAACCUUAUGAAUGUAAAGAAUGUGGAAAGGCCUUCCGCCUGAGAGAUCCACUUAUUCAGCAUCAACGAAUUCAUACUGGAGAGAAGCCUCAUAAAUGUAAUGAAUGUGGAAAGGCUUUCUCUGUGAGAACAGAUCUUACCAGACAUCAGAGAAUUCAUACAGGGGAAAAGCCUUACAAAUGUAAUGAAUGUGGAAAGGCAUUCCGUGUGAGGGCGGAGCUUACUCGACAUCAGAGAGUUCAUACUGGAGAAAAACCUUAUGAAUGUAAUCAAUGUGGGAAGGCCUUCCGAUUGAGCAAAGACCGUACCCGCCAUCAAAGAAUUCAUACUGGAGAGAAACCUUAUGAAUGUAAUGACUGUGGAAAGGCCUUCUGCCGGAGAGAACCUCUCAUACAACAUCAGAGAAUUCAUACUGGAGAGAAACCUCAUAAAUGUGGUGAAUGUGGAAAAGCCUUUGGCCUCAGAAGACAGCUUAUGGAACACCAGAGAAUUCAUAGUGGAGAAAAGCCUCAUAAAUGUAAUGAAUGUGGGAAGGCUUUCUUUGUAAGGACAGAUCUUACCAGACAUCAGAGAAUUCAUACUGGAGAAAAACCUUAUGAAUGUAAUGAAUGUCAGAAAGCCUUCCAUGUGAAAACAGAGCUUACUAGACAUCAGAGACUUCAUACUGGAGAAAAACCAUAUGAAUGUAAUCAGUGUGGGAAGACCUUCCGCCUGAGCAAAGAAUGUAGCCGACAUCAGAGAAUCCAUACUGGUGACAAACCUUACAAAUGCAAUCAGUGUGGGAAGGCCUUCUGUGUGAAGACAGAGCUUACACUCCAUCAGAGAAUUCAUACUGGAGAGAAACCUUAUAAAUGUAAUCAGUGUGGGAAGGCCUUCCGCCUAAGCACACAGCUUACCCAACAUCAGAGAAUUCAUACCGGAGAGAAACCUUAUAAAUGUAAUCAGUGUGGGAAGACAUUUCGCCUGAGUACACAGCUUACCCAGCAUCAGAGAAUUCACAUUGGAGAGGAACUUUAUGAAUAAUUAAUUGGAAAGACCGGUAAUGCAAAAAGCAAACAUUUUACCUAAUAAUUAUAUUCAUGCCUGAUAGGAAUAUUAUCUUUAAUGAGUGUGAGAAGGUCUUCCUGGGUGCAUAUAUGGCCAAAUAUAAGCUCAUAGUUGUAGAACUAAAAGGGACCCUAGAGAUCAUCAAAUCCAAUCCUCAUUUUAUAAUUAAAGAAACUGGGGCCAGGGAGAUAAAUUAUUUGUCCAAGGUCACACGGGGGAGGAAUAUGAACUCAGGCCUCAUGAUCCAAGUUCAGCACUCUUCUACUGAAUUGUGCUGCCUUGUCUUAAAUGUGAUGGAUAGAAACCAUUCCAGCGGCAUGAAUGUGAAAAGGCUUUCUUCCAAAGUAUAGAGCUUUCUUGACAGCAGAGUAUUCACAUCAGAAAAAGCUUCUACAUUAAAUGGUUUGAUAAGGCCUUCUGCCUCAGUGUGUAUCUGACCCAAAGUUAGAGAAUUUAUCUUGAAGAGAAAUUUUUGAAUAUAAUUAAUAUGGGAAGACCUUCCUGGGAGAGCAGUUUACUUGGCCCCAGAGAAUUUAUGAGAGAAAACUUAGGAAUAAAUGAAUGUGGGACAGUAUUCCCUAUGAAUGCAGAGCUUACUUGACAUCACAGAAUUCAUACUAGAGAAAUUGUAUUAUAAAAAACACAGGGGGCAGCUAGGUGGCGCAGUGGAUAGAGCAUCGGCCGGGAAGUC